CUGACGCUACUUAAACAGUUUUGAUAAUGAAUGAAAUCAAAAUGAGAAUAGACAUCACGUCGUGUAACACAUAUUAAACAGAAAAAACACGAUGCAAAUCUAUAAUUGAUGUAACGUGAAUGUCAGCAACCAGACUGUGUGUGUUAUGACUGGUACAGGUUACUGGUAGAAUAUUUAGGAUCCUAGAACGUUCUUUUGAAUGACAAGCAAUUUAUUAAUUUGUGGCAUUCGCAUAGUUUUAAACAAAAUAGCACCAAACAACCGACAGAGCCUGCAAGACAUGAGCUGACAAUAUCCAACUGUAUUUAACUGUAACGCAGAAAACAGUCAUUAUUUCUAGUAGCAUCGAGUGUUCCGCAGUGUACACACAUUUCAGGUAAGCAAUACGCAUUUUUAGCUUUAUCGACACACGCACCGGUGUGAACCGUGUUAUAUUGUGCUGUGGUUUUAUCAACGCUGCAAGUCGCAGUUUACUGCAAAUGGAUUGCUCUGUGCAACCAAGAAUAUAUUAAAUUACAAUUCCUUGCCGAUAUUAUUUAAUACUUAAAAAACACAAAACAACAGAUGUUCAUUAUACGUUGUAUCUAUGUAAUGUAUUCAUACAUUAUAUCAAAUUUAUUUGCUUGAGCUUUACAUCGUGUUUUUCGUCAUGACGUCAUAUUUAAACGCCAUCGCAGCUGUUUCUGUUUUGCUAGCAUGUUAGCAUGUAACAAUUCACACCAAACAUGUUUUUGCGUUUGUAAAUGGGUUUACUCAGCUUAAAGAUGGUGCCAGUAAGAGCGGUUUUAUGAUAAGAGGACGUUAAAUGUCCCGACACACACGUUUAAACUAUGUCAGACCAGGUGUUACCCAAAAUCAUCCCAUGUUUGGCCGUUACCUGAGCACAGCGGGCUCUCCGCCAGCUCAGACUGUUGUAAGCCACUGGAGACAGUGGUAUCAGCCUGGUCAUUUAUGUUGGACACGACCACCACACCUGCAGCAUCCCUCUCCCUUCUUCAGCACAGUCAGACACCCCGCUAAUAGGCUUCUGAAUCCCUACAACUGGGGCUCCUGGAGGCAAAGUGGGAUAUUGCCACACACUCACCCCAGACGAGGCCUUCAUCUUUCUAGAGGUUUGAUGGACUGCUCUGAUAGGGAGCCACCACAGAAGAGGAGGAAGAGUACUGAGGGGAGGUUGCCAGGUGAAAAAUCUUCACAUUCACCUAAAUAUUCACCUCCAAAAGGCAGCAGGAGUUCAGGAGGAAGUCCUGAAUGGCUUCGGAAUGUAACUGCCAUUCCAGUCCCUCCUGGGAAAUUUCUUUCAAGCCCAAAGAGAACUGUGGAAGUACCAGAGUUAAAGAGACAGUGGGAGGAUCUUUCUCACCUCUGUAACGUUACGACAUCUGCGAAAGGGGGGAGACAAAAAUGUCCAUUUGAUUUCUCUGUGAUGUCCUACAAUAUCCUCUCCCAAGACCUGCUCUGUGAUAAUGGUUACCUUUACAGACACUGUAGUCCUCCUGUACUGGACUGGCACCAUAGGUUUCCUAACAUAAUGAAAGAGCUGGAACAGCACAGUGCUGAUAUAUUGUGCCUGCAGGAGGUGCAAGAGGACCACUAUAAAGAACAAAUCAAACCUUCUCUAGAAUCUUUAGGCUACCACUGUGAAUACAAACGGCGAACAGGUCUGAAGCCUGAUGGCUGUGCUGUGGUCUUCAAACGUGAGCGCUUCUCUCUGGUGUCCUGUCACCCUGUGGAGUUUCUCCGCCGUGGGAUCCCUCUACUGGACCGUGACAAUGUGGGCCUGGUUCUGCUGCUGCGGCCUUUAGACCCAUAUAGCUCUCUUACCAACAUCUGUGUGGCCAAUACACAUUUACUGUACAACCCUAGACGUGGGGACAUUAAACUGGCGCAGCUGGCUAUGCUGCUGGCAGAGAUCAGCCAAGUGGGACAGUUACCUGACAGCAGCAUUUGUCCUGUGGUGCUCUGUGGGGAUUUUAACUCUGUUCCCUGGUCUCCUUUAUAUCGUUUUAUUAAGGAAAGCAGACUGGAAUAUGAUGGCAUGCCAAUCGGAAAAGUGUCAGGACAGGAGGAAAACCCAAGAGGACAGCGUAUUCUCACUGUGCCAAUUUGGCCUAGAAAUCUGGGUAUCUCUCAGCAGUGCCAGUAUGAAACCCCAACCAGAGAUUCUGACGUGAGGGAUUUAGAACAGGCAGCUUUAGCCGUGCUAGAUGGUUUAACCAAGCCCAGCAUUGAGCACGGUUUGAAGCUGACCUCUGCAUACUCGCACUACUUAAAAGAGAGCGGUCAACCUGAGAUCACCACAUGCCACUCACGGACAGCCAUUACCGUUGAUUAUAUCUUCUACUCAGCAGCUCUGAGCGACGUGACGGCUCAGCCAGAAUGCAGUGGGUCACCAGAGAGUGGUCUGCAGCUGCUGGGCAGGUUAGCCCUGGUGGGAGAAGCUGAACUACAGGAGGUCAAUGGCCUUCCAAACCAGCACAACUCAUCUGACCACCUGCCACUUCUGACACGCUUCCGUCUACACCCUUGAACCGAUGUACCAGUACCAUACCAUGCCUUUAAAUCAGUUUGUGGCCAGAAGAGGAAUAAUGUUUUGGAUUUUCAAUACGAAUACAAACAUUUUGUGUAAACUCUUCAAACCCUGCCAUGUGUAUUGUACACCAUCUAAGAAAUGACUCAUGUCAUAAAAUUGGAAAUGACUUUGAUCACAUCUUUGGAUUAGAGGAUGUACAGCAGUGAAGCGUGAAUUGGAAGCUUAACUGUAAUUUCUGAGCAUAGAUACCUGAUAUCCGAGGCAUUACGGGGCAGUAACAUACACACUGUUUCUAAUGGAUUAAAGGUGUUUUGUUGUAAAAUUUGGCAGCUUUGACAAUAAUCAAGUCAGCGCAUGAUGUUUCUAUGUAUUAUGUUUUAGUUGUGACUGAUUUUAGGAGGCAUCUCUGUUUCAGACCUGCAUACAUUUUAAAAAGUGUUCAUAAUAAAUUAUUUUAUCUUCAACGAGCUACUGAUACAUGUCAUAUUUGUCUAAUGAUGCAGAGCUGUAAUUUAUGGAAAAUGUGUCUACAUU